AUGAAAAUGGAUACUCACCCUUCCAUGCUAACCAUGGCCUGCUUCCUCCUCCUAGUCACUACCACCACGAACCAACUGUCUGCGGUGGCCGCUCGAAGUCUAGACAAUUCAACCCCAGUGCACCCUCACCACAACCAUCACGAAAUCACAUUCCUAAUGCGAGAUGUGCUUAAUGUGACUCACCCCUCAUCCAAGUCCAAACCUGCAACCACUAAAGUGACUAGUCAGCUGCCCUUCUCAAAGCCAUUAGGCCUGUUUCCUCCAAAUGGAGGAGUCCCCCUCCCUGAAACCAACCCCACUACACAAACCCUAGAUUUACCCGGCAUCGGACUAUUUUUCCCUACUAGGGCAACACUUCACGAACUGGAGUUUGGGAUUGUAACCCUGAUUGAUGAGGACAUGUUUGAAAGUUCAGGGUUUUAUGGCUCACAAGUGAUUGGAAAAGCACAAGGGAUAUAUGUUGCAAGCUCUGAAGAUGGCAGCAGUCACAUGAUGGCCUUGACUGCACAUUUUGCUGAUAGUGUAUUUAAGGAUGGAUUAAGAUUCUUCGGGGUGCAUCGGACGGAUGUGCAUGAAGGGUCUCAUAUUGCUGUAAUUGGUGGCAUUGGGAAGUAUGUGGGUGCAAAUGGCUAUGCAACAGUUAAGGCGGAAAAUGCAGGGGAAGGAGGCAACAAGCUUCUUAGGCUCAAAGUUUAUCUCAGCUAG